UCAAAUUCCUUUUAUUCAAUGUCAAUUGUAUUAAAACAUUUAAAUCAUAUUCCUUUUAUUCAAUGCCAAUUGUAUUUUAUAAGGGCUGUCGUACUAUUUGAACUGAACACUGACUGUUAGCCUACUGAGUUUCUCGUCGGAUCUUCUCAGUGGGUCGCGUUUCCGAUCCGGUGGUCGAUUCUGCGAACCACUGCUCUUGCUAGGGCUAGUGUUAACAACACUCCAGGUUGAGCCCCGUGAGCUCACCUACACGUCAAGGAGAAGCUGAAAUAGCCUCUCAAGGCUAUCAGCAUAGGUAGGAGAAAAAAAGUUGACUGUUUCUCAUUGGAAGUAUUAAAUAUAUUCAAUAUGUGGUCAUAUUUCAACAAGCUAUGACUGGAAAUCCGUUUACUGAAUCUAAAAUAUACGAAUUAUGAAUCCCUUCGAAGGCGCCAAGUCUAUCUAAGCCCAACUAUUCUACCCUUCAAACUAUCGAUGAGUCAUUAACGUAACCGUAACAGAGCAGAUCAAAGCAAGGCAUGGGCCCCGUCAAGCUUUUUACAGCGUUUGUAAACAGUAAUUUGGUAUCGGCGGCAACGCUUUGUGCGAGCGCUUUGAUCUCGCCGCAUCCGCUUCAAACAAUAACGCGUUAUCUUAGCGAACCUGAGGGGUCCUUGCAUGGCUUAUCUGCGAACAGAGAAAUAGGCUUCGCUUCCUAAAUUUUAAAAGGUUUAUACCUUUUGGAAGCUAAACUUACGACGGGUCCAAACUAGUGUUAGGUCCUGGUUUAUGAAACUGAGACUGGCACAACUACUGGGAAUAGAUCCCGGACUACAUAAGCCACACGGCCAAAGCUAGCUCCAUUAUCAUCCAGGAUCACCAUUAACAUGAUAUAUCGUAAUAAGGCUUUUUCUCUUGCUGAAGUCAAAUUUAAAGGCAUCUUUUCAAAUUUUGUGCAUUUUUGGGUGAACGAGCUAACGGCCCUCCUGCCAAUAAGUGGUUAACAUAGCCCAUUGACAAACUCAACUUAAAUGCCGCCACCCACCUUGAGUAAUGAGGUCGAAAUCUCAUUUGUAAAAGUGGUAAGUUAGUGAAGAUUCAUUUUGUUCUAUACUGAUUUAAAUAACUACUUCUCUAUUUGCGGUCAAGAGUAGUAGUAGUUGCUUAAGGUAGGUUAAGUUGCUAAGAAUCUAUGCCAGCACAAAACAUGAGUGAUGCUCGAUUUAUCAAACAAAAAAUGAAUCAGCAGGACAGAAUUAAAGCUUCAAUAUUUUCGGAUACAAUCUACAAUAAGGUCCACAGUUUAUUUGUAAAUUAGUUAGGCCCUAUGAGAGAAUUAGAAAAUCGUGUAGAAGUCUGUUAAAAUUGACGACGCGUUAAAUUCUCCUUGAAAACAUACAAUACGAUUUAAUGAACCGUGUUAUCGCGAUUGAGUUUGCAAUUACGGCUCAGCGAGCAUCAACAGAAUUUAUCAAGACAAGAGAUUUGUUUUUAAAAUCGCAUGUUUCAGUUAAAGCUUUUGUAAUUUUGAGACGAAUCGUAACGUAAUACGUUGUUUUAUAUUCCAAUAGCACGAAACACGUUAUUCAGUACGGGCGAGGGCCAUCGGCGCCUCCGUAGCCUUAAACAAACACUAAAAUGCUCGCGGAGCUAAUUUAUAGAAGAGAGCCGGGCCGCCGCCGGGGCCGAACCAGACCCCAUCUCGCAAUAAACAUGUUUUUUGUUUCGUGUGUCCGCGCACUGUCAAAUAUAUUACAACCCGCCGGGUUAUUUACAACCUCUGUCGUCCGCCCAUACGUUAUACUUAGUAUCUUUGUUUGGACACAAUAAGCAAUAUUUCUAAAGGGCCCCGCCGCCGUCGCUCGCAGCUGUUGAUAUGGGUUCCCAAAUUGACAUAUUUAAUUUGAUCGCUACGGAGGGUCCGACGGACCGAACCCGUGUUUGACAGGUUUUAGUGUCGGAUUAACAUUAACGUUAUGGACUUAACGCUGUCGAUAAAGUGAAAUAUCGUCAAACAAAUGUUUAUCGAUAGCUUAACGAGUUUCAACGUAAACGUCUAACGGACUUGUUGACACAUCAAACGGUUUCACGGAAACACGUUUUCCCGGGAACGGAUCAAUUUGGCCCCUUUGAACCGACGCCGGGUGCAUCUCGGAACAAAGAAAGCUCGUAAAAACGUAAGUAGUAUCGAACGUGUCAGCAAAGUGCUACGGAGCUCAAAGAGAGACGCUGCGAGUCGUCGGGGACGUAAUAAAAGUGCCACGUAACAAAAAGCAGCGUGGUACGCGACUCUCGGCCAGGUAGAGCGGCAGUCACGCUCGCAGCGGCGACUCAAAGCGCUGCCCGUCAUGGGUGGCGAGCCACCAACGCCAUCGCACGUCUCAAUCCGCACCCGACUGCUGAACAUACCGCCUUUCCUUUUUCCCCUACCGCAAUGCAGCUAUGUGUCGUUUCCGCUUUAUUUUUUACGAUCGCGCGCUGCAGCGGUGAGACAUAGCGCUCUCUGUCUGGCGGAGGUUCGGCGUAUUGCUGUCUCUAUCUGUCGCGACGAGGGCGCGGGGUACGGAGGCGAGUCGAGCUUUGGUGGGGUCCAGUCGCUCACAGUCGCUUCGAACGUCGCCGCGUGCACAUGUGUCUUACUUGCUCAGUCUGCGCUCCGUUUGCAAAGUGUACACUAAAUUAAACUCCCUUACGUGAUUGUAUCGUGAAGUUCAAAAGUGAUAGUAAAAGUUAUCUCCAAAUGGUGGUGCUUGAAGACGGUGGAAUGAUGGCUACAAAUCCCAACCAGUACUUACAACCAGAUUAUUUAGCACCGCUUCCGUCCACUUUGGACUCGAAAAAAAGCCCGCUUGCGCUUCUAGCGCAAACCUGCAGCCAAAUUGGUGUUGACUCGACACCUUCAAAGCCGCUGCUCCCACCACACGACAAGAAGAAAGUGAACAGUGUUAAUAACAGUGAUAUAAUAAGUCGUUCGUCACCAAACAGUAAUACAAUGAAACAAGACAAGCCGCGAUCGUCUCCGGAAAGCAAACAUUUGGCGUUCAAGCCAUACGAGGCAAACGUUAUAACAAAAAAACCGGAUGAGACUCGGCCUUCUUCCAAAGCUAGUUCGGACAGUUCCGAAGACAAGAAAUCUGGAAAGAGCACCCCGGGACGUAAAUCAACAUCGCCCAGUGGUGAAAAUGGAAAAAACAGUCCUUCAAAUGAAACAAAAUCUUCUUCAGCCAGUUCAUCUGGAACAAGCCCUAUAAUCCGCUCCGGAUUAGAGGUUUUGGGACACGGCAAGGAUCAUCUGGGCGCUUUCAAGAAUAUACCUGGAUUACCAGGAUUUAAUCCACUCUCUGGACUUUGUUGCCCGCCUGGAUUGGAGCAGCACGGAAACCCGGCAUUCAGACCGCCGUAUGCCGGAGCACCAUUCAAUGCUCAUCAUGCCGCUAUGCUUGCCGCCGCAGCUGCUUUUCCCGGAUCUUCAGCAAACCCAUACCUUGGAUAUGCGAGAGUUAAAACACCUGCCGGGGGAGAGACGUUGGUCCCUGUCUGCAAAGAUCCAUAUUGCACAGGCUGUCAGUUCUCAGUCAACAACCAUCAUCUGUUAAUGAGCAAUGGAUCUUGCCCCGCCGGGUGCACACAAUGCGAACAUCAAAAGUACAACUUAGCAAUGGCAAUGGCUCUGUCACAGCAAGGAGCCGCCGCUAGUAGUUUGCCGUACCACCAGCUGAGCCGACCCUACGUUUGCAACUGGAUCGUCGGCGAAUCUUACUGCGGCAAGCGGUUUGGAAAUUCCGAGGAAUUGUUACAGCACUUGAGAAGCCACACAGCCGACGGAUCCGCUCCAUCGACCAGUGCAUCGACUCAAGCGUCCAUUUUAAAUCAAUUUAAUCCACUGUUCACGACUGCCGGUCUUCGUAGCGCAUACCCGACGGCGCCGCUCAGCCCACUUUCUGCGAGUAGAUACCAUCCUUACUCAAAAGCUGGUCUCCCGGCCAGCCUCAGUGCUUCACCAUACGGUGCCUUCAACCCUGCGCUCGGACCGUUUUAUUCUCCCUACGCCAUGUAUGGACAGAGACUUGGGGCGGCAGCCGUUCACCAGUAAACUAAGUGAAGUGAUAACUUGGACCGAACGAACUUUUAAACUAUACUUAUAUUGUCCAAUUUUCUUCUGUGAUAUUAAUAAAGUAACUCAGUGGACGGCGUUACGCACCAUGACAAAUUUAGUGAUUAGUGCAAUUUAAUGAUAGUUAUUUAUCUAAGUGUUCUCUAAGGAUGAUUGAUACUUUGCGAGUAUUGGAUAAUCGUAAGGAUUAUACAGCCAAAUGUUUUUUUUCUUUCUUUUGUGUGUAAAUAAUCUCUAUGUUUAAUUAAAAUGAAUUAUUUGAAAUAUAAUAUUACAUACCGAAUAUUAAA